AUGUAUCAACUGGACGUAAGUUUCCCACAGAGAUCUCCAGUGAAUCGUGGAUUUCAGUCGUGGUAUGCGGUGCUCUUCGAGCUCAUUCUCGUCGGGUUCUCGUUAUACAAUUCGCUGAGAAUGACUAAAUGGUGGAGCACUGUGGCAGGUUUGUGGGAACGGGUCUCGCAACGAAAUAAUCCGAUUCAGAAGGCACUUCGAUCGGAAUUCACGGAGCCAGAAACGUUCCCUCGGUAGCCGAUUACUACGGAAUAAGAACGGAAAACACGACGGGAGAACGGAGUUGCGGAAAGCGUCGUCCGGUGAGAAAAAAGGAAGAAUCUGCCGGGAACAGGAACACUUUCAGAUGAGCCCGGAAAUCGGAGAGAUGGGCGAUGGAAUCAAGCUCCAUUGA